AUGUCGCAACGCAAAUUCUUUCUAUUGGCUUUUAUACUGUGCAUAUUGAUUGUUGAAUUUUCUACUGCUAUUCGAUAUCAUAAUAACGAAGAAGAUGACAGUAGUAAUAGUGAUGAUGAAUAUCAUUUAUUAAAACGAUUGUUUUUUCAAGAAUCAAAUGCGGUUUCAACUAAUCGACCACCAAGUGUUCUUGAUAAUCUAGUUCAUCCAUCAUCAACUGGAAAGACACAAAUUGCUACUCAAAAAAGCACAUAUUCACCUUCAUAUUCAACAUCAAGUGCAUGUGCUUUAAAUCCUUGUGAACAUGGAGGCAUAUGUAUACCAAAAGGACAAUUAACAUAUGAAUGUAGAUGUGUAGGUCCAUGGCGAGGAAUUCAUUGUGGUAUUGCUGAUGCAUGUUACAAAUUACCAUGUAAAAAUGGAGGCACUUGUCUUAAUGUACAUGAUGAUUAUUGGUGUCAAUGUACUAAUGAAUAUUAUGGAACUAAUUGUCAAUCAAAAUAUUACAGUUCAAGUAAUACGGAAAAUCAAUGUCGCCCAUAUAUUUGUAAUACUGGCCAAUGUAUUUCUCUUUCAACAACUUAUUAUUGUCAAUGUCCAAAUGAUCGUUAUGGUGAACACUGUGAAAAACGCUUCAAUAAACGAAAUCUUUCUAGUGCCCAAUCACGUCGAGAUUUGUUACAACAACUUAAACGUAAUUUAUUCAAGAAAAAUAUGAGAAAUCAACAAAGUUUUCCAGGAAACGAUGAUGCGGCCUAUUAUGAUGCUAAGAAUGGAAUUUAUUUUUAA